AUGCUUCAACUCAUUCAUGGAUUGAGAGCUAGGGUCGCUCUUCGAUCCUCCGUCAUCACCAGGUCGCUUGCUCAACAAUCUGCAAGACCCAGUCUCCUUUGCUUGCGCAACCAGAGCACUCAGGCCGCGAAGCAUCUCAACGACGGGGUUCCUCCACUGGACACCAUCGUGAGAACUGUGCCGGUGUCGGUGGAGCGAGAAUUGCCUGAUCCUUUCAAAAAAAAGAAGCAGAACAGAAGGUACUUUUGGGCCUAUGCUGUGGGGACCACGAUCUCGUGUAUUAUCAUUUUCAACUACGAGAAAACGAGAUCCCCCAUAGUCAAUUCAGUGCUCUACUGCUUGAGAAGAUCCGAUCACGCCAAAGCUGCGCUUGGGCCCAACAUUGGCUUUGCCAGCCUGUGGCCUUGGAUUUCUGGUCCGCUUAAUACGGUGAAGGGAAACAUCGACAUCACGUUCUCAGUCAAGGGAGACGACGGCGUGGGCAAAUUGCACCUCCAUGCUACUAGAACCUCGAAGCUAGUUCCUUUUGACAUACAUGCAUGGACGUUGGAGACUUCUGAUGGGAAAGUGAUUGAUUUGGCCAAGGACGUGUCGGUUGAAUUUGAGUUGUGA